AUGCAGAAAGAAGACAAUAAGGUCGAGGCCGUGGAGAAGGUCCCUGACUCGGCAGCUGCUGAUCUGGCGACAUCCAAGACAGCCAAAGUCGAAAAUGUUGCCUAUAGUGAUGCCAUUGCCAAGGAUAACCUCUCUCCGCGCGCACCGUCCAUCCUCAAGCUCUAUGCGAUUAUUGCUCUUGUCACGUUGAAUAAUUGCGGUAAUGGCUUUGAUGGAACUAUCAUGUCAUCCGUUAACGCUAUGGAUCCCUUCCAUAAAUUCUUCGGCACCGAAAUGCAAGGCUCUUCUAUCGGAGCCGUCUUUGCGCUCUACAGCGUCGGAAAUAUUCUUGGUUGCCUUGUUGCCGCUCCUGCUGCCGAUACUUUUGGGCGAAAGUUUGGUAUGAUGACCGGGUCAGUCUUUGUCAUCAUUGGUACAGUGAUUCAAGCGGCGGCCCAGAAUGUCGGCACAUUCAUGGCGGGGAGACUAUUCCUCGGAUUUGGCUGCACCAUCGCGGUAACUGCAUCUCCUAUCUAUCUAGUGGAGAUGGCUUAUCCGUCUUGGCGCGGAACUUUGGCUGGUCUGUACAAUGUUGGCGGCUGGUAUAUUGGAUCACUUGCAUCUACAUGGACUGCCUAUGGAACAGGCCGACUAUCGUCUAAUUGGUCCUGGAGGAUCCCCAUCAUCAUUCAAGUCGUCCCCGCAACAAUCAUCCUGUGCGGAGUAUGGUUCAUCCCGGAAAGUCCAAGAUGGCUCAUGAGCCACGGAAAGGAAGAGCAGGCUCGAACUGUGCUCAUCAAGUAUCACGGAGACGGAAAUCCCGAAUCCGCUGUUGUGAAGCUGGAGCUCGAAGAGAUGCGUGCAUCCAUCGAAUACCAGGCAGAAAUCGAAGCCAGCCAAAAGUGGUGGGAUUACCGCAUGCUAUUCGACAACAGGGAGAACCUGCAUCGAUUUUACUUGUUGUUUUUGGUCGCAAUAUUCUCCCAGUUUAUCGGUGGUUCGGUAAUCACCUACUACAUGCCUGUCAUUCUUGAGAAUGUUGGCAUUACCAGCUCUUCUCAACAGCUUCUGCUCAAUGGGGUGAAUGUCAUUUUCGGCUUCUUCAGCGGCGUUGCAGGUUCGUUUGGCGUUGAGAAGUUUGGACGCAGGCCUUUGUUCCUUUGGGGCACCUUUUUAACAGGCCUCGUCUAUAUACCCAUCAACGUUAUUGCAGCCAAAGCUCAUGGUCAUGUUGACACAUCUACUGGCUACGCCUUCAUUGCAAUGAUUUUCUUAUAUGGUAUUUUCUGGUCUUUCUGCUGGACGCCUCUACAGUCUUUGUACCCAAGCGAGGUGCUGCGCAAUGACAUUCGAGCUAAGGGUAUGGCCGCUUCUGGCUUCUUCAGUGGUGUUUCAGGCUUCAUCAAUACCUAUGCCACGCCAGUCGCUCUCCAGAAGAUCGGCUGGAAGACAUACACUAUUUUUCUCAUCCUGCAUUUUGUGGAGUGGGGAAUGAUGUAUUUCGCUCUCGUCGAAACCAAAGGCCGGUCUCUGGAGGAAAUCGAUGAGAUUUUCAAGUCUCCCAAUCCUGUCAAAACCUCCAAGCAGAAGCACGAGGUCUUCAUCAAGGAGGGUGCAGGUGUCACUGCCGACUUGGGGGCAAAGGAAGCCUAG